GUACACUGCUUAACAGCGAUAGUGAAACAGGCAUUUGUUAUCAAGAAGUACAAUUUAAUAGCCGACUAUUAUUGCUUAAGUAGUGUAACUUGAAUGUUAGUCAGCCGAAUUAUGUAUCUGUAAGUCUGUUCUUUUUAGCCGAACCAAUGCUGCAUUGAAACUUUGUUCCUUUUCCCUUCGACGCAAAUUUAUAUGUUUGUUUCACUUUAACGACAAAAAGCAACCUACUUCAGCUAAAAAGAACAAACCUACUGAAGUAAGUAAUUGUAUGCAUGUGUUGGAAAUACAUACACUUGGUGUAUGGGACGCGUAUCGUAUUUUUUGAUUUCAUGUGUGCGAUAAAACCUCGGGAAUUGGGACGGCAAAGUCUUCGGCGGGUGUAGUGUCCAGCCGGUGAAACGAAUUUUCUCGCACGAUGAAUGUUGUGCGAAUCAAUUCGAGAAACAUAAUAUUUCUCCUCAUAGCACUCUUGUCAACCUCCACUCAAGAGGUUCACAUGGGUUAUGAAAGUAUGGUCAGUUAUGCCAUGAAAGAUAUUAAUGUAAAUUCUACACCAGCCUAUAGUAGUAGUAAAAAGGAAGAACUGACUAACUUAUGUCCAAGUGGAACAUCCUGCACAGAAUUGAAUAGCGAAUGCUUAAAAUGUAAUUUAAACUAUAAUUGUAUAUAUGGUACAACAUAUGUUGCUAACUGUUCUGUGUUGGAACAUGUUGAUUGUAUAGGAGAACAAUCUUUCCAGAAAAAGUAUAUAUGUCGGUUUUGUUAUCAAACUGAGCACUGGGAACAUCAGUGCCAGCAAAAAAAUUCUUGUAGCUCAGUGGCAUCUCCACAACAAUAUUAUAGGACAAAUUGUACAGUAAAUGAUGAUAUAUUAUGUCUGGGAAGACGGAGAUUUAUGAAAAAUUUGCAGUGUAACUGGACAGUUGGCUAUCGAUGGUCUACAGCUCUAAUUUUAAGUAUUAUUCUUGGAGGAUUUGGAGCAGAUAGAUUUUAUUUGGGACAUUGGCAAGAAGGAAUUGGAAAGCUCUUCAGUUUUGGUGGACUAGGUGUAUGGACCUUGAUCGAUGUGAUAUUAAUUUCUAUGAGAUAUUUAGGUCCUGCUGAUGGCUCUUUGUACAUUUAAAUGUUCAUAAAUUAUUAUAUUAUAUUCAUAGACAUUAUUAGUCCAAUUGUUCAAUUCUUUUUCUAAUUUAUUUUACUAUUUAUUUAUUUCUAAGAGAAAAAUGUAUGCAAUAUUUUUUAGUAAGUAUUAUAUAAGUAAAAUGAAUAAUACAAGCAAC